AUGAUCAGCCCAACCUGGAUUGCACUCCUCACUUUCGCAUCCGUCGUAUCUACUUAUGCCACACCACCUACAAUUCGCCGAGCAAUACCCAUUAAUGUCCGCAGGGAUAAUUCAUUUGGCAAUGGGAACCCUAUUGUCACCAAGAGCUCGGGAUCCAGCCAACCCCAAUCUGGUGGUGUCCAUAGCAAUACUGCUAGCGACGAAGAGCCAUUUGAAUGUAGUGUAACCGUCACCGAAGCAGACGCCGAAAUUUCCUGGAGGUCGACCUUCCCAAACCAAAUGCAGUCACUCGCAUGGACGGGUACCGGGAACAUUGAGUGCAGCAGCCCCAUGCUCGAAAUGUCCAUGUCCAUCUUUGCCAUCGAUCCUUCGGGAACACAGCACGUUAUAGGCAGCGGAUCCUGUGCCGGGUGUGCUGAUCUCCCGGUUUUGACGACCGAUUACAUAUGCCAACAGGCGGAACAGGGAGGUGAAUGUGCGGGGGAGUGGAGCGUAGCCUACGAGGCCACUGUUGAGGCGCCUCCUGACUCCGAAUUUCUGAGCGGCAGUGGAUCAUGCGUCGCGGAAGGUGUCCUGCUUUCCUGUGAACAAACCGCUGUGAUUGGUACAGCUCGUCCGUAUGAAAACGCCAACUUACCUCCCGGCUACGUCGACAAUGUCGAAUUGGAUCCGAUAGCCAUCGAAGAUAUACGAGACUUCCAUUUCAAAGGCGGUGCACGUCAAGACAACUCAAAAGGCUUAUUUUUUGAUACAAUCACCGACAGCGAUUUAGAAGCCAUUUUUGAGAGAGGCCUGUUGGAUACGUCUGAAUGGACGAAAAGUAACACCGGAAACUGGAAGAGGACCUUCCCUUACUCUGGCGUGGGUGUAACGUCUGGAGGGGGUGCUGCAAACUUUAUAGAUAUUUUCAUCACUCCAAUAGGCGGUACUGUAGCAUCCAUGUAUCCGUCUUCUUGA